AUGCCUACCCGCACCCACAAGUCCCGCAAGCUCCGCGGCCACGUCUCGGCCGGACACGGCCGUGUAGGCAAGCACCGCAAGCAUCCCGGAGGUCGUGGUCUUGCCGGUGGUCAGCACCACCACCGCACCAACAUGGACAAGUACCACCCUGGUUACUUCGGUAAGGUUGGUAUGCGUUACUUCCACAAGGUUGCCAACCCCUUCUGGAAGCCCGUUAUCAACCUCGAUAAGCUCUGGUCCCUUGUCCCCGUCGAGACCCGCGACGCCUACAUCCAGGGCGAGAAGAAGGACACCGUCCCCGUUCUCGACCUCCUUCCCCUCGGCUACUCCAAGGUCCUCGGAAAGGGCCGUCUUCCCGAAAUCCCCCUCGUCGUCCGCGCCCGCUGGGUGAGCCGUCUGGCUGAGAAGAAGAUCCAGGAGGCCGGUGGUGUCGUUGAGCUCGUUGCUUAG